AUGCUGCAGCGGCUGGCACGCCCUCGCUCAGCGCCCCGAUGCCUCCACGCCGCCUCGCGCCCGCGCCGCUUCAACAGCACCGUCGCCGCCCGUGACCGCGCCCGUGACACCGCCCGCGACACACGACCCGCCCUCGCCGGGCUGUCCGCCAGCAGCAAGGCCGACGACGACGCCCUGCGCAAGGUCUUCGACAAUGCCGGCUUCUGGGAGGCCUUCCGCCGCCCGUCCGCGCGCCAGGCGCCCGCCGGCAUCAUCGGCAACAAGUACCUGACGCACCCGGACGGCUUCCUCGACUUCGUCACCAUCACCAUCCAGCGCUGCAAUGCCGUCGUGCAGAAGGUCGCCGACGCCGCGUCGCCCGCCGACUACCGCCUGCUGGUGCGCGAGCUCGACAAGCUGAGCGACCUGCUGUGCCGCGUCAUCGACCUGGCCGACUUCGUGCGCGGCACCCACCCAGACCGCCGCUUCCAGAUCAUGGCCGUCAAGGCCUACCAGACCGUCUUCCAGUACAUGAACCAGCUCAACACCACCCCCGUGCUGUACGACCAGCUGAAGACCGCCUCGGAGAUGCCCGACGUCUACGCGAGCUGGUCCGAGGAGGAGCGCAUAGUCGCGCGCAUUCUGAUGGAGGACUUUGCGCGCUUUGGCAUUGGUCUGGACGGCGCCACGCGACAGCGCCUAGUCGAUAUGAGCGGCGAGAUCGCCGAGGUUGGGUCGCAGUUCGUCGAGGGUAUGGCACCCGAGACGCUGAAGCUGAAGUUCAAGUCGCAGCGCGUCAAGGGCCUGGAUCCGAACCUGGCGCGGCAGCUGACGCGCUGGGGCGAGACGACCAUAUCGACCAUGCACCACGAGUCGCAGAUGGCCCUGCGCUUCGUCGAGGAUCCCGAUGUGCGGCGAGAUGUCUACUCGGCCGUGCGCACCGCCAGCAGCUCCAGCAUCGCGCGCCUGGAGAAGAUGCUGAAGCUGCGCGCCGAGCUGGCAAACGUGUCUGGAUACGAGAGCUUCGCACACAUGACGCUGGAGAACAAGAUGGCCAAGACACCCGAGGCGGUCAACCAGUUCCUGGACGCUCUGUAUCAGGACAACCGGCCCGCCGUCAUGGCCGACCUCGACGAGCUGGUCGCGCUGAAGCAGAGCGACGCACACCAGGACAACUUCCCCGACCGCAUCAACGCCUGGGACAAAUUCUACUACACUCAGAAGAUGCUUGCGAACAUGGAGGGGGCAUACCGCCAGCGCACGCCCGACACGCUCUCCUCGUACUUUUCUGUUGGCACCGUUCUGCAGGGCAUCUCGCGCCUGUUUGACCGUGUUUACGGCGUCCGCUUCGUUCCACGAGAGACGCAGCCCGGUGAGGUGUGGGACGACGGUGUGCGCCGGCUGGACGUCAUCUCAGACACAGAAGGUCACAUCGCCGUCUUGUACUGCGAUCUCUUCUCGCGGCCCGGCAAAACACCAAACCCAGCGCACUUCACACUCCGCUGCAGCCGCGAAAUCCUCAACUCUGAGAUUGCCGAGAUGUCGCACAUGGGGCACCGCUUUGCCUCGCCCAUCGAAGCAGCCACGGACGGCAUGUCUGUCGCCUACAACGCAGAGCGCGACAGCUACUUCCAGCUGCCCACUAUCGCACUGAUCUGCGACUUCCACAAGCCCAUCACCGCCGGACGACCCGCAUGUCUCAACAUCCACGACGUGCGCACCCUCUUCCACGAAAUGGGCCACGCCCUGCACUCGAUCCUCGGCCGCACCGCGCUCCAAAACGUCUCCGGCACCCGCUGCGCCACCGACAUCGCCGAGCUCCCCUCGGUGCUGAUGGAGCACUUCGCCUUCUGCCCCUCCGUGCUCGGCCUGUACGCGCGCCACUGGGACACGGACGCGCCGCUCCCGAUGGCCGCGCUCGAGCACCGCCUCGCCAUCGACAACCGCAACCAGUACACCGAACUCGAGUCGCAGAUUCUACUCUGCAUGCUCGACCAAGCCUACCACUCCGCGCUGCCCGCCCAGCCCGCUUUCAAUUCCACCGCCGUCUACCACGACAUCUACAACGCCCACGCCGCCGUCCCCGAGCCCGCGGGCACCGCGUGGCAGGGCUUCUUCGGCCAUCUGUUCGGCUACGGCGCCACGUACUACUCGUACCUGUUUGACCGCGCCAUCGCGGCGAAGAUCUGGACAGACGUGUUCCAGAAGGACGGUCCGGGGGGCAGUCUGGAUCGUCGCAACGGCGAGUUGUAUAAGAACGAGUUGCUGCGCUGGGGCGGCGGCCGCGAUGGCUGGCAGUGUCUGGCGGGCGUGUUGGGGGAUGAGCGGUUGGCGCUGGGGGAUCAGGCGGCCAUGAGGGAGGUCGGGAAGUGGGGGAUUAGGGAGAGUGUAAGGUGA